UGAGAUGCUGAGAUCAGUGGAUCAGACCAGACGUAGAGUGCAGACGCAGGACAUAGAGGGGACACCGGAGGGAAAGGAGCAGAGCAGUUGGGGUGGAUAAGUGCUGAAACACCCAGUAGCUGUUCACAUUUAAAGGGCAGCUAAGGCCAGGGAGAGACACAAGCAGACGCAGGAGAGAUGCGGUUAAUAUGGAAGAUUUGACCAAUUCCAAGCAAUUCGAUUAGAAACGUCAAUUUAGAGACAUCAUUGUGACCAACAUAGGAACAUAACAAGGACGGCGAACAAAGACAAGAGGAUAUCAUUAUUAUAGCAGCGGAGAAAGCAACUCACCUGCCUCCCAGUUAUCUAUUCUGCUCAAUCUAUUUGUCACCUAGGGUUCUGCCUUUGGAGGAACCAACAUCAGUUGGACCACACUUGUAUGCUCGUUUGUAAAGAACAGCCAGAGAGGAUAAGGGAAAACUAGGACAACGCAUGUGAAGACAUCAGCAGAUGUGGAUGAUCUCAGAGGUAGGUCUGCCACCAGCCAAAACCUAGAGAUGACAUGGACGUUGAACAAGUUAAGAAUACUUGGACCCCAUUAUCUUUUAAAACAAUGAUAUGGAAGGUCUAUGGAUUCUAAGGUACAGGAGACAGCUCACAUCCAGUGCCUGUCUGGAAUCCCUCCAGGAGAUCAUGAUGAAGCUGCAGGAGCUUCAGAUGUUGAAUGUGGAGGAGGUCCAACGUCUUCAGAAAUUAACCUCAUUGCCUAAGUGGGCAGAGACCCUGAUGGACAUACUAGGUGGGAAGGGCAAGUGGUACCUUCAAGGGCUCCAGAACUGCAUAGAGAACAGCGGUACCUGUCUAUACCUGCGCAUGCGCCACUAUGAUCCACUGGUUAAGAAGUUUUUGGACAAUGUGGAAUACAUGGAUCAUCAUUCACUCUUGACACAGUUAGACUCCCUGAAACUGCUGGAAGGCUUCACCGAUGCACAGCUUCAAGAACAUGAUAUUGUUCAGCUGGAGCUAGGGCAGGGUGGGAGAGGAAACCCCAAGAAGUUGCCACUGGAAAAGCUAUUAAUGCCACUGUCAAAAGUCUGCCUCCCCCCACGUAUCAAUGUCACUGUGGGAGUGGCCGGGGUUGGUAAAAGCACACUGGUGAGACUGUUUGUGGAAAAAUGGGCACGGGGAGAUUUGUGCACAAACAUUACCUCUGUGCUGGCUUUGAAUCUCUGGGAGUUGAAUAUUUAUGACCGUCUCUCUGCGGAGAAGUUGGUACGCAUCGCCUACCCAUGUUGUUCUGUUCCACCUCCAAGCUCUCUCCUUAUUUUGGAUGGCUUGGACGAGUUACGGGCCCCCCUGGAUUUCUCAGAGUCUGCGGCCAGCACUGACCCCCAGAAAGAACUUCCUCCUGAGUGUCUCAUUACUAAUAUUCUGCGGGGCAACCUACUUCCAGACGUCUGCGUGUGGAUUACAUCCAGGCCGGGAGCAGCUGCUAGGAUUCCUGCAGGGCUUGUAGAUCGGAUGACAGAGAUAACUGGACUAGAGUCAAAUGAAAUGAAAGUGUUUUUGGAUCAGCUGCUACAUGACACCAAUGGUACAGUGGAGAGGAUCUGGAAUCAUCUACAGUGUCAUCAUUCUUUGAAGGCCUUAUGUAUAGUUCCCACUUUGUGCCACAUUAUAGGGGUUUCUCUUGGGUUUGCUCUGCAUGCCCAAGACUCCACUAAUCAGCUUCUACCAGAGACAUUGUCAACCAUCUUUGCUUGGUAUUUGAAAGCCCAGUUUUAUGACUUGGAGGUAAUAGAACAACCAAGUAGUGCCAGGCGAACAGUAGGCAACCUAGGAAAGCUGGCAUUCCAAGGAUUGGUUCGGAAACGUUCAGUUUUCUAUGAGUCAGAUUUGAAAUCUUGUGGGAUUGAGACCCCGAUAAUACCUGGAAGCCUUUGUUCCCGACUGCUGCUUGCCCAGCAUUCCCCCUCAUGCCCAGCUUUCUGCUUCUCCCAUAUUUUGCUGCAGGAGUUCCUAGGCGCUGUCCACUACUACUUUGCUGCCAAACGUGCAAUCUUUGACUUGUUUGCAGAUGGUGGAGUUUCCUGGCCCAAGUUGGGCUUUCUCAACCACUAUAAAAGUGCAACGCAACGUGUUUUACAGGCUGAUGGAGUGCAGCUGUCCAUCUUCCUCCGCUUCCUCUCAGGACUUCUGUCACCACAGGUUCUGCGUAUAUUAGCCGGAUGUCUUCCAAGUAAGGAGGAGCCAAACAGCUACCAUGGACAAGCAGUUGACUACUUACAGAGCUUGCUCAGUGUAGGAAAGACCAUCUCAUGUGAAAUGGUUAACUUGGUGUGCUGCCUGCAUGAGAUGGGACACACAGAGUUGAUCCGCACAGUUGAAGAGUCUAUGAACAGUGGAACGCUUGGUGGAAAGUUGAACCCACUGACAUGUUCUGCUCUUGCUUACUUGCUGCGAACAUCAGACAGCUGUGUUCAAGACAUAAAUUUAUCCCAGUGCCUGAAUUACAACCUCGUAAAGAACUUCCUACCGCAGCUACAAUACUGUACCAACUUAAGGAUGGAGAAUAACAACUUUAAAGACGAUGUGAUGGAACUAUUAGCCAGCAUCCUGUGCUCUAAGGACUGUACCAUCCAGAGGAUCAGCCUUGCAGAGAACCAGCUGAGUAACCGCGGUGUGAAGGUGCUGGGAAGAGCCCUGAUGGUGAACCGCACUCUCUCCUCUAUCGACCUCCAUGGAAACGCCAUUGGACCCAGUGGUGCCAGGGCCUUGGCUGAGGCUCUGCGGAACAAUCAAGUGCUACUGAGCCUAAAUUUACAGAACAAUCAUAUUAAAUCGGAGGGGGCGCAGUAUCUGGCUAAGUCUCUACUGCUGAAUCGCCACCUGAAGGCCCUGAACCUCAAGAAGAACAGCAUUGGGGUGGAGGGAACAAAGAGCCUGGCAGCGAGUCUGAAAGAGAACCAAGUACUACAGGACCUGUGGUUAUCAAGCAAUAGUCUGGGGGACUUAGGAGCUGCAGCCCUAGCUGAAGCACUCAUCACAAAUUCAAGUUUAAGCACCCUCGAUCUGCAGAGUAAUUCCAUCAGCAACCAUGGACUGAAAUGCUUGACCUAUGGCUUGAGUAAGAAUCACAGCCUGAAAAACCUUAUCCUACGAGAGAAUUCCAUCAGCAUUGAGGGUGCCCAGGCUCUGGCACAGUCACUCCCGAAAUACACCACUCUGGCACACUUGGACCUGACUGCAAAUCUGCUACACGACGACGGGGUGGAGGCUCUCGCGGAAGCGCUGAGAGAGAACCGGAGCCUGGAGUCUCUACAUCUCCAGUGGAAUUUGCUGCUUGUGGGAUCAGCCCGCUCCCUUGCAGGUGCUCUGCGGGUAAACCAGUGUCUACGUUGUUUAGAUUUGCAGGAAAAUGCCAUCGGAGAUGAGGGUGUGUGUGAGCUAUCUAAUGCCCUGCAGGAGAACUCUACCCUCUCCGCUCUCUAUCUGCAGGGAGCAUCUAUUGGACAUUCUGGGGCGCAGUCGCUUGCAGAGGCUUUAAAGCUGAACAAGAGCCUCACAACUCUCGAUCUACGAGGGAACAACAUUGGUCUUAGAGGAGCCAAAGCUUUGGCUGGUGCACUGAGAGUUAACAGUACUCUGCAGACUCUGAAUUUACAAGAAAACUCCAUUGGUCUGGAUGGUGCUAUCUGUUUGGCCAAUGCUAUCUCUGGGAACUGCUCUCUCCUCUCCCUCAGUUUGCAGGGGAACCACAUCGGUCAGUCUGGAGCCAAAGUGAUUUCCGAUACCCUGAGGACCGACGCUCCACGCUGCAAAGUAAACAUCUGAGGCCUGUAUGAACCACUGUGAGAGUACAGCAGCUGGAUGAUACUACUACGGUCAUUCUGAGCACAGAGCAUUCAUCAGGCAGAGAGAAGGAAAUCACAGGCUGUAGCUGACACCAAAGACUGUAAGAUGAAAGUCGGCUUGCACCUUGGUCUGGCAAUCCCUUAAUAAGAAACAAAAUCAAAAUCAGCAGAAUAAAUAAAAUAAGUUUUUUUUUUUUAUAUACUUUUUCUCUUUAAAAUUGAUACCGACUUUGUUAUAGUAAAUUAUUUC